AGGUGACAAUGAGUUUCGUCACAAUGCUUUAAGGCCACACCAGGGAUGGCAGCUAGGAAACCAACAGGAACACCGCCUAUGAUCACGUAUUAACCCAAACAGAAAUGUAGGGGUGCAAGAUUAUCACCGCCCGGAAUUGGGAUUGAACAGAUCAAGCAUGGAUAAGAAGCCGAAGUUUGUGGCUGCCAUUAAAAUCGGGCAUGCAUAUUCCGGAUAUGCUUACUCCUUCGACGAUGAAUUUACACAGAAUCCUUUCAAGAUAGGAAUAUCUUCCUGGCACUCGUCUGCCAGGCAUACUUCACUGAAGACGUCCAGUGCUAUUCUAUGUCAACCCGACAGGAAAUUUCACUCAUUCGGUUACACUGCAGAGGACCGAUAUAGUAAUCUUGGCGAGGAGGCGAAUCAAUGGUUCUACUUCAGUACAUUCCCAACAUAUGCGCAACUGGACGAGACCAGUGAAAUGACAGAUGUCACGGGACAGAAGAGCAUGCUUACCCUGGAUCUGUAUACUAUGGCUAUACGAUUUUUACGUAAGAGCCUUGCUGAAAAACUCCAUGCUCGGUUGAGCAAAUUAGACGAAACAGACAUAAACUGGAUUUUAGUUACUCAAAGGUCAUACAACGCUGGUUUCAUUUCCAAAGCGGCGGAACAGGCUGGGAUCACUCAAAACGUCACAGUUCGCACAAAGAUGAAUUCCGCCUUGACAUACUUAGAGUGUUCGUCAUUGUUUAAUGGCCAACCCUUCACAACGGGUGAAAAGUUUCUCGUCUUGGAUGCUGCAGCUUCAUCAGUUGAACUGCUCACUUGCCGAAACGAAAACGGAAACGUGGUUACAACGAAUACAAUUACUAUAACUGGAGGCGGAAACGUAUUGAACAACGGAAUCAAAAGUCUAAUUGAAACGGUUUUGGGAGUGGACGACUUAUCAGUGCAAGACGACAUCAGACCACUGAUUAAAGAGAUCGAGUGCAAAAAGAAAACAAUCAAACCCGGUUCCAGAGAAACGCUUGUCCUUCAACUUCCCGCUCGGUAUAAAGAUGCAAAGCCAGUGAAUAAACGGAUCGAGGGAAAGACAAUUCCAGGACUAUUGGAUGACGCAGAUUUUGACGGAAAGGUGAAACUAAAGAAUGGCAAAGUUCACAUAGAAUUUGAGGUCAUUGAAGGCAUAUUUAUGGCUUGCGCACGAGAUCUCGUUAGUUUGCUACGAAAAUCCCAACAAUGUUCAGAGUUGAAAGAAGUGAGUUCAAUCGUUAUGAUUGGAGGAUAUUCUUCCUCAGCAUUCUUGAAGAAUGAAAUUAUCCGGGCAUUUCAAGAGAUCAAAGUACAUACUUUAUUUGAAUCAAGUAUAGCGGAUCUAAAAGGGGCUGUGAUAUUUGGACACUCCAAAGGUGCACUAGAGAUUAGUGAUUCAGUGCGCUUUAGCCGUGAAAAAAUCCAGCAUUACAUAAAGACUCUCCAGGAUCAAACAGAAAAGGCGCGAAAUAUCCGGAUUAUAAUAGUAGGCCAAGAACACGUUGGGAAAACGUCAUUAUGCAAACGAUUAUUAAAUGAAAAUGAUGACGUUAUUGAUGCGAUCACAAGUACUGAUGGCAUUGAGAUAUACAUUCAACGGUUCCUCAUCGAUAUGGUGACAAAGAAACGAAUAAAACUUGACGCUAACACGGAAACUCAAAAUGUGAGAACAAGGAUUCAACAGUUGCUGCUCUUGAACAAACUGAGUGAUAAUGUGGAAGAUCUUAGCACCGACGAAGUCCAGGAGCAGCAGGUGACUCUAGAGAAAGAACCAGAACAUAGAACGUCUGUCAUUGCUGAAGAGACGACGCCACAAACGAAAAAGCUGCCAGACACAAUGACACCACCGCUGUCGGCUAAGUCGCCUGUGUUAGGUGUGGAUGACAUGAAUGUAGACACAUUGUUGGAGACAAUUGGGUCAAACCAAGUUGCACAAGAGCAUUGGGCCAAUGAUUUGGGAAGAUUUAUAGAUGGGGCGAACAGUAUGAGCAGUCCAAAUGCUGACCAGGCAUAUUUGUCAUUGUGGGAUUUCGGCGGAGAGGAGCCAUACUACAACACGCAUCAUAUCUUCCUCAGUAGUGACGCUGUCUUUCUGGUAGUUUACAACCUUGAGGAGUGUAUUCUAGGAUCAGAACAGGUCAAGGACGCAGCAAUCAAAAGAAUCAAAUACUGGAUUCGUUCUGCCGUGAAUUACUCAGAGAAGAAAAACCCUCGAAAAUGCUUUGUAGCAACACCUCCAGUGAUACUGGUAGGCACUCGCUUGGAUAAGUUGUCAGGAACGAAAGAAGAAAUCCAACAACACCUGGACAAGUUCGAAGAAAAAUUAUGCGGCAUGGCAGAUUUUCAAGCAAUGAAAGGUCACAUAUAUGGAUUCUUCGAAGUCAACAAUAAAGUUAGGAACCAUCCGGGAAUUGAACAGCUGUGGAAUGCUAUCAUAGAAGUGGCACCAUCGCAAUCUCAGUGGGAGAAGGAAUUGCCAGCCCGAUGGCUAACUCUGGAGAGGGAAAUGAUGCGGAUGAAGGAGACUGGAGAAAAGGUUAUGUCGUUUGAAGAUAUUGUGUCUCUUGGAAGAAGAUGUGAAGUCGAAAUCAACGAUGAAACAGACAUACACAUGUUCUUGAAGUAUCUCCAUUACACAGGCAGCAUUUUGUAUUUUGGAGACGAAACAGAAAAUCUUGGUUUGAUAUUGGCAAAAACUGUCAUUCUGGAUCCCCAGUGGGUAGCUCAAGCCUUCCGAAAGAUCAUCACCGUACCCAAGUUUGUUAAUCGAAAAGACAAACGAGCCAACUUCUUAUGGAAGAUGUAUCAACAGUCUGCCAUUUUGGAUAUGGAGUAUCUGCAGAUUGUUUGGAACGAGGAGAGGCAGUUACGAUUAUGGGAGUAUAGAGAAGUCAUUCUAGCCUUCAUGGAGCGACUAGGGUUGAUUGCUAGACCAAAUCAUCAGCAACGUAUCAAAUCUGCGGGGGACGGAAGUGGGCCAGAAGAGUCCGACGUAGCUGUGGAAAUAUAUCUGGUCCCGUCUUUGUUGUCUGGGAAAGUCAUCUGCUUCCCACGUGAAAUGACAGACAGGUAUGCAAUAAAAACAAGAACACUGUGCCUCGUCUUCUCCAGUCGAUGUGUACAAUUUCCUGUAUUUGAUAAACUUCUUGCUGCAUGCAUUGAAAAAUUCAAGGUUAUGAAAACAGAGGAUGAAAUCUGGUUGAGAAGAGGGUUCGGCAUUUUCCGUAUUGACAGUGUUUGGUCUGUUGUCAUCUCUUGUGGCAACAAUAUUAUCAAAAUUACAUUAUUCAAGCAGUCUCCCGUCCCAACGAUCGAACCCGGAGCCGGACUUAGAGUGAGAUUGUUUAUUGAGGAAGCACUAAAGAACAUUAUGGAACUUUACGAUCAUAGAGAUCUUAAUUUCGCAUAUCACCUGCAUUGCAAGGCAAUCGUAAAGGACGGGGACGUGACAGUGCCUAAAACGGAACUUGAACAACGCAAACUACUCCCAUGCUGUUUAUCUGAGGGAGAUAAACACUUCGUCUACAGACACGAAUUACACCCAUGGUUCUCGGAAGCCAGGCCUCCGUUGAUGCAAGACGAAUAUGACGAAGAAUACAACCUGGCUUCAGAGGUACUUGAGCGAUGUCCGACAGAAGUGGAAAUGCUUAGGUUGUCCAAACUGAUAGGUCUAGAAUAUUUCGAAUUCUUCGUUUGGCUUGGACUUGAAAGCACGGCAAUAUCAUUGGUGAAUAUAGAAUAUCAGAGUGAAACGAUGUGUGCCAGAUUUCUGCAUAUGUUCGUUAAAUGGAAGAAGGCUGAGAGUGACAAAGCCACCAUCAGGAGAAUCAUGGAUGCCAUGAAAAAAAGCGGACUUGAUACCAGUGAAGUUGUUCGAAAGGGUGUAUUUGACACGGCGAUACACGAGUUUUGAUGUGUGUUUGUUAGCGUUCGAGUGAAAAGUUUAGAUCGGAUAAAUGUGUCAUGACAUUUAUUAGCCCAACAUCAUCAGAUAAACAUGGUGAACAAUUCCAUACCACCCUUUAUGGCUUUUUUGUGCUGGAUCCCUAAUGAGAACACAAAAACGGAAAGAAAGUACUGUUAGUACGGAAUUUCAAUUAAUAGCUCCGGCAACUGAAGCGAGUCCCUUAAAAACAGAAUGACUUUUCCCCAGGAACUGUUCGGUUUUUCACAGAUGAUCUCGCGUUGCCAACGCUUAAUACACUGCUGUAAUCGACAGCGAGACUGUGAAAUAAAAAUUGUGUUAAUGUUUUGAAGCCAAAUGAUAUCAGAAUUUAGCUUCACGGCAAACAUGAAACAUAGAUCACAUAAUCAGGUCUGUUCCUCGCAGUUACGUUUUUAUUAGAUUUACUUAAAGAGAGUUAUAUCAUGUCUUCCAAUCUAUAUCUUCCAAAUGCUGAAAUUAUUACAUGGUGUCUUACCCAAACUAGAGGUGUAAGAGUGAAUGAAUUACACAACAAGACCACUUAAAGGUAGAGAAAACAUUGUCAGUAUCCAUACUUGUGUAUAAACUGUUGAUAAUCUGUUAUGAAUUUGAUGAUCUUCUUUUCUCUCAUAGAUAGUGUUAUGAUUACCACUGUAGAUGUGUUCAGUCUGUCGUUUGUAAGUCUAGUCUGAUAUUUGACCACAAUUUAUUUCGCUUAAUGCUACACCAUCGACGUGAAAAUAAGGAAAUGUUUUGCAGUACUGGGGUAGCAUUAAGAUUGAAGCAUUCAUUACCUUCAACGAGAAGUUACAUAAUGAAACAGUAAUACAAACAAAUAGCUUUGGUGAUGGGUCCAUAUAGAAAAAUAUUUACCUUUAGCAUUGUUAACAUAACCAUUAUUGAUUAUCAAUCACAGAAUUAAUGUUUUAAUCUAAUCAUGAUCUGUAUUUUCGUAAACUUACAGUUACAUUAUUGGCAGCUAUUAUAGAUUUUAAAUUUUCUUUGCUUUAUUUUUCAAACUACGUUGAAUCGCAAAAUAUGUCGUAUAAACUGGGACAGAGUCUCAAAUGGCUUAUUAAAACACAUAAACGCUAAAUCCAUCAACCAAAAAACAAUUAUGGGAACCUUUCAUGGCCAAUGAUGAACGUAACUGUAUAAAUCAUACGGGUUUCAGAUGCUAUUGGUCCUGGGGUGGGGCCUUUUGCUGAAUAUUCCUCUUAGACCUUCUAACGUUUUGUAUAAAAAUGGUAUCCGUGACAUUGGAUCACAGGUAUCUCCUGUCGACAAGUUUUCUUUACCAUAGAUUACAAAGAAUAUAAUACUUUCAGGUUACAUUUUAUUUAUACUCAUUUGGAAGUAUUUGGUGAGAAGGCAACAAGGCCAGAAAAAGUCAAUUUAGCAAAUUAUUCAAUGUUAUACUAAUAUACAAAUCCUCAUAGGACACAUAACUAUUUCUAAACAGUAUACAACAAACUUAAACGGUUGUAUUGUUUUGCCAGUGUUCAAACUAUCUCAGAAUAAAAAUGUAGCCCUGCUCAAAUGUAAUUUUCCAUUAGCUCCUGUUUACACUAUUGAGUGAUCUCGAAUCAGUUUAUUAGAUUUUUAUACUGUUUAUGUUUCUAUUCGUAUUUGUUACCAUUGUGGUGCUUUUUCUUACCUUUUUACAUUUUGUAAAGAUCUGUUCACUUUCAUUUCAUAUAAUGAAGAAUGCUUAUACCAGGCAUAUGUAAUAACGAACUGUAAAGCUACUAUUCUUUAUAUUCAUUGGAUAUUUUUUCUUUUUAUCAGUAAAAUACAUAAGGGUAUGACUGAGAUAAGAGACGCAUGUUUAUAUCCCAAAGAUCAUCGAUAAUUUGAUAUGACAACGGAAAUAAAUGACGACAAAAGAAAUUGAUAACGCUUUGUUGUACGAUUUGUGAUAUAAUUUGAUACUUACUGCGUCCAUGGAGUUAAUAAUAAUAUAUUGAAAAUGGGUAAAAUUUUGUUGUAAAUUUUUAAAACUAAAUUAUACAGAAUAGGAAGACCAUUGCAUUUAGAUAUAAAGAUAAAAAACAAGUAUAUUUUAGAAUUUCAUUUUUUACUGAACAUGUCAUGCAAUCUGCAAUUCAUACG